AUGCAACUAGCGUUUCUGGACUUUGAAGCCGCAUUCGACUCUCCUCACCGAGGCCGUCUUUUCAACGCGCUCUGCGCCGAUGGAGUACCAGGAAAUGGAGUAAGACAAGGGGCAGUAGCAGGACCCUUCCUGUUCAACUUCGCUAUCGACGGCAUGCGAAGAACAGUCGACCAGUGUCCUGCCGACAUUGUCUUGGCACCAUCACGGUGCCCCUUGACUGAUCUCGAGCACGCCACGAUGUUGUUAUAUUUGCGGAAAGCAGUACGAAACUUCAACAUGUUGUCAACCUUGUAUGGAAGCUGGCUGCAGCCUAUGGACCACGUCUACGCCCUGAUAAAUGCAAGCAGAUGUGGAUGUCUUCGAGACCUCGAACGGGAAUCAGGGGUAUGUCACAAUGAACAUCUUUACGCAGAAAUUGAUGUGGUAUACCGGCGGAUGACACGUGGAAGAUAUCAACAUCUUGCCCCGCCAUCGAAAGUGGCUAAAGUAAAUCGUCUCCGCUUCUUUGGUCAUAUAUUAAGGAGACCGGCAGAUCGCCUUGUUCAGUGA